AUGGGCGGGCGGCCGCGCGGCGUGUGCGAGGCGGGUGCGCGGCGGGUGCGCAGGCCCGUCCGAUGCCUCCGCAAGGCACAGACUGACAUGAAGGCAGCUGACCUCAAGAACAGCAUAGUCUACGGCGACAGCGGCCAGUGGUACACGUUCAACCAGACCGCCAAGGAGGAGGACGCUCCCGACCAGUGGUUUGUAGGCGGGAUCAUCAUCGUUGAAUCCCUUCGUGGUGUACGUGAAUCGGGUGGUACGGCUAUCGUCGCCUUCGGCAGCGACCACGAGAUGGAGCCCCCGAGGAGGCCCGGCCAGAUCCAGAAACCCAUCAGCCACGUGCACCGAGACCUCCCUCGCGCACCAGGGUCGCCCGCGCUCCUCCCCGUCGUGUGA